AUGACAGGCUCUCCACUACCGAACAACAUUCUUGCUCAGCAGCAGGGUAUGCCUAUGAACAGAGGCAAUGGGGGCUUUGGUUCCGAGUCUGUGGGUGGAUGGGGUUCUGUCCCUGUUACAUCAUCAAUGGCAUCGUACCAGCCGGCAUUCGCGCCCAUAAACCGCAACAGUAUGGCAAGCGCCGGCACAGGCGUUCCGCCUGUCAGCAAUCCGCCAACGUCUAACCGGGGGAUGAGGAUGGAUGGCCAAGAAUGGUUCUUGAACGACAGCGCAAGGUGGCAUCAGAGCUUUGAGGCCUGGCAGAUGGCCAACAACGGACAGGACAAUUCCGUCUUCAUGUUUGGCGAUAGCGGCAAUCAAGACACACCCAACACCAAUGCAGACGGGAACGCUAGUAUGCAGGCCGACACCAACGAUCAGAUAGCCGCGCUGGACGGAUUAGGGGCGUCGUUGUCCCGAGGUGGAUGGCUACCAGGUUUAGAUUAA